AUGGUGUCCUGUCCGAUUUGUGGCAAGUCUGUCCCGCAACUGAAGAUCAACGACCACCUGGAUUCCGACUGCCAAAGCUUCGUCGAAGACCCGUCAUCUUCCCCGGGAGAUCAGCCGUCGUCCCAAAAGGGCCCCGUUCCAAGCAUAUUCCAACCGCCGUCAGCACGCAAAGCAUCGAGCCAAGCUAGCCUCGUCAAAGAAUCACCAUCUCGUGCACCGGCUCCGACACCUCGUCCGCUCAAUGGCAAGAGAUCUUUCAUGGAAGGAACGCCGCCCCGAGACCAAGAUAAAGUGAGACAGUCCAAUGGCGAUAUCACGGAGUCCCAACCCAAACGUCCGAAGAUGAACGCGUUCCAUAAAGCGGCUCCACUUGCAGAGCGUAUGCGGCCAAAGAAUCUGGAGGAGGUCUGUGGCCAAGAGCUGGUUGGCGAGAACGGAGUUCUUCGGGGCCUCAUCGAGCAGGAUAGAGUGCCCAGCAUGAUCUUAUGGGGAAGUGCUGGAACAGGAAAGACAACUAUUGCACGAGUCAUCGCUUCAAUGGUUGGAAGUCGAUUUGUGGAAAUCAACAGUACAAGCACCGGAGUCGCAGAAUGCAAGAAGAUCUUCUAUGAAGCUCGCAGCGAACUUGGCCUGACGGGCAGAAAGACCAUUAUAUUCUGUGAUGAGAUCCACCGCUUCUCCAAGUCUCAGCAGGACGUCUUCCUGGGGCCUGUUGAAAGUGGACAGGUAACUUUGAUUGGCGCAACUACCGAAAACCCAUCUUUCAAGAUCCAGAAUGCCCUGCUUUCUCGAUGCAGGACAUUUACCCUGGCUAAGCUGACAGAUGAAGAUAUCAAGUCGAUCCUGCAGCGCGCUUUAAAGGUCGAAGGCCCCAACUACUCGCCUUCAGAGCUGGUGGACGACGAACUGAUCGGCUACCUCGCCCGAUUUGCUGAUGGAGACGCUCGAACAUCACUCAAUCUUCUGGAACUCGCCAUGGAUCUCUCGAAGCGGCGUGGAAUGACCAAGGAUGUCCUCAAGAGCUCCCUAACAAAGACCCUUGUCUAUGAUAGGGCUGGUGACCAACACUAUGAUACAAUCUCGGCCUUCCACAAGUCCCUCCGGGGAAGCGACCCAGAUGCGGCUUUGUAUUAUCUGGCACGCAUGAUCCAGUCCGGAGAAGAUCCACUAUACAUCGCUCGACGGCUCAUUGUUGUUGCAUCUGAAGACAUCGGACUGGCAGAUAACAGCAUGCUCACCCUGGCCAUGUCGACACACGCCGCUGUGGAGAAAAUCGGUCUUCCAGAGGCUCGUAUCAACCUGGCCCAUGCUACCGUUGCCAUGGCGUUGUCGAAAAAGAGUACUCGCUCCUAUCGAGGCCUCAAUAAUGCAUUUGCCGCUCUCAAUGAACCGGGUGUGGCUGGAUUGCCGAUUCCGAUUCACCUCAGAAAUGCCCCAACCAAGCUGAUGAAGGAGCUCGGCUAUGGGAAAGAAUACAAGUAUAAUCCCAACUACGUGAAUGGGGAGGUUGAGCAAGUCUAUCUCCCCGAGGAGCUCCUUGGGCGGACUUUCCUCGAGGAUUUGGACUUGGGUACACAACGGGACCCUGAUCGCUGGAGCACCAAGCGGUCAUGA